AUGAGCUCCUCGCGGGGAGCAGCAGGUCAGGACCCUUCGUCCCCUCAACGUCCCCUCUCGUCCAAGAGCAGCACUUCAUCUCUUCGCGGAAAGAGGUCUAGUGACACCCGCCGCACGCAUAAUGCCAGCGAUGAUCGCCCCAUAUUCGACGUCGCAUUGGGCCAUCACCAAGAGCCCAACGGCCACACGGAGUGGUACAAGAUUCAGGACCACGGCGUCAAGUGGGAGCGAGUCAUUCAUGCUGGCGUGCGCAUUCCCAUUGAAAAGCCACGAACGGCUUCGGGGAGUCACUCGCAUCACCAUGCUACGCCGUCGGGCAAUAGCAGCCCUGUAGACCAGCCAGAUGGUGCAGGCAAAACGCUCCGCAGGCAGUCAUCACGCGACGACCUCAGCUCGGCGUGGGGCCAAUUGGGCCAUUCGGAGCUCAAGGUCAUGAUACGUCAGGACGUCGUUACAGACUCGCACACCUCGGCCAAUCCGCACCAGCUCGGAGUUGUCACGCUCAACCUCGCAGAGCACGCGCCGUGUCCCAGGAACCACGUCGUGCACCAUCAUCACCACCAUCAUCCGCAUCAAGCAGGAGGAAACCACCACCACCACCAUCUGCAUCAUGUUCACCACAACGCCGCAUCGUCCUCCUCGUCCUCAUCGCAUUGCCUAUGUCGCACAGAGACACGGCGCUUCCUCCUCCAAGAGAGCAAGACAAACGCUACGCUCCAGCUCACCAUCACACUCGCGCACAUCGGUGGCAGCCGAGAAUACGUCGUUCCACCUGUUAGGCAAGGCCUCGUCGUCGGCGCCCUCGCGGGUCCCGCGGGCGUGCUCGAGGGAGAAGGCGAAGACACCGCCGGCGGCGGCGACGACAGGAGCAAGUCUGCGGUCAGUCUUCACUCGAGUACCAAUCGCUCUCAACGCCACCUCGACCAUCACCACCACACAUCUGCAGCGCGCAAAGCGACUCGCAUCCCUUCGACCAAUUUCAAAAAGGGCGUCGACUGCAAAACUUACACUCCUCGCAGCACGUCGGGCGUGCCCGUCUCCCUGGUGGAUGCGGGCGCGGUCAGCUCAAAGGGGAAGCGUAGUGCGGGCCAGUUGAAUGGGUUGCAGUUCCACUUUUCGGGGGCGGGCAACUGGGAGAGGGACCCGGAUGACGUCGUCGAGGCCCUCUUCAAGAAUGCCACGUCGAGUACCAAGCAGAGGCAGACGCAGGUGCAUGCACACGCGCACACGCAGACGCAGACGGCGGCUGUGUCUAGCAACACCAAGAGCGGCUUACCUCCUACGAUAGGGGCGGAGAGACCACGCUGUCUCUUCCGGAGCGCUAGCUCGACGGGCAAGAUGGAGCUCACCACGUCGACGGCCACGACAAAGACCUCACAAGGCAAGGAAGCAAGUACCGCCCCCGCGACGCCUCCUGUGAGCCACGCUUCGCCUGCAACAAAGAUGCGCUCCUACUUCUCUUCCUCCUCUGGGCACAAGCGCACCCCGAGCGAGGGGACGAUCAAGUCCAUUGUGGCUGGUGGGUCUAGCAGCUCCCACAGCUCCCCCACGCAGAGUCGUCGCUCCUCCGGUGUACCGGCUGGUGUACUAUCCGGCGCAAGCUCUGUAAUGACUUCGACGUCGACCAGCAGCAGCAACAGCGGCGGCGCCAAGGGUGGCCGUCUCCCUUCUGGAGGCAGUGAUGCGUCUGCCUCCGCGUCGGGCAGCUCAGGUGGGCAGCGCGUCAAGUGGAGCAACGAUGAACGUAAAGGGCCGCGAAGAAGUCGUGGCUCGCCACAAGAAGAGGGGAGUGCUGCUCAGCCGUCAACGUCCCCCAAAGUCGACAAGCACGCGCAGGCGCCCUCGCCCACGACUCUGGGCCCUCCUGCGUCCAUCUCCGAGUCGCCGCGAGCCAUCACCCCGUCCUCAUCAGCAGCACACGGCAUGCUCUCCCCGAGCGCGAGCACGAUCAAAGAUGAGCGCACGCCCGUCGCCAACGACCGGACGCCCACGGGCAAGAAGGCGGCCAUCAGUCCGGCUAAGCCUGCGAAGUGGAGUGCGAGCAAUGCUCACGAAGACAGGCAAGAGGGCGCGGACACGCUCCGCAAGAAGAAGAGUCGAGGCAUGAUGGGCAUUCCACGCGAGCAGGCGGAGUCCCUCGGGUACAGGGGAGCGGGAUGGCGAUCCAGCUCUUCUUCUUCCGCAGGCACUAAACACGACCAAUCAGCGCCAGCAGCUGGAGAUUUCUCCCUCGACACCUCCGCCUCGCGUCCCGGCUCACCCGAUCUACCCGGCAGCCCAGGCAACCCUGCUCGUCCCUCGAGCCCCUUCGCCUUUGGUCUUGGGCUGAUUCGCUCCCGCUCACCGUCACUACAGCGUUUCCCUUCUCCAUCGUAUCGCGCCUUCUCCCCGCCCGCAGGGGAUUGGCGAGAGGAGAUGACUCAAAGCCCGCCGCGCGCGCCUGUCGUGUCGAUUGAUGAAGCAAAGGACGAGGAUCAAGAUCCAAGCCACGAGCGGGAUCAGACAAGUGGCCGAGCGAGCUCGCCCUUCUCGUCACGGCAGGACAAUCUUCAACCGUACGUCAAGGCGCGACUGGGCAGGCCGAGGUCCAAGGUUGGGCUGAGGGAGAGUGAGGAGCAAGAGCGCCAGGCCCAGGCUGGGGACGUACUGCGCGAUCCUUCCACCUCGGGCUGUCCGGGCCCAUCGGUCAAGCAGGGCGAGUUGCCCUGGCCUCUGCCCGUCGAUGAGAAGAGGCAGGGGGACCAGGCUACACCGGCGAACGAUGCGGCGCGCAGCGGUGGCAGUGGGAAGGGAGAGGAGGUCCCCGCGCUCAUCCCCGGCUCGCACGGUGUAACGCACGGCUCGUCCCCCUCUCAGAACCCCAAUGCCGCGUUGUUCUCCAACGAGGCCACGCCAGGCAAGGACGAUCCGGACGAGACGAUUACCGACUCGGCCCCUGUACAACGUCGCAGCCCCCCUUCCCCCGCCCUGCUGGGGCUCGGAGGGAACGUUUGGGCUGACGCUCAGACAGAGCUGGAGUCUCUGCACAUCCUGGACCCCUCGACGUCGCAGCCCACCUCCUCAUCGACGAUGGGCGAGGGUAGUACGACCCCCACCCAUCUGGCUGGUCAUGCGAGCUCGCUACGUCCCCCGCCGCUGCACACCCUCUACCCACCGGGGACGGCCUUCUCUUCCUCUACGUCGUCGCUCGUCAGUAGCAGGCCUAGUUCGAUCCAUUCGCCUUUGCCCUCGCAGAGCACGGAUUCGGAUUUGCAGGCCAGCCAGCCCCGGAGGGCCCGCCAGCAGGAGCAGCAUCAGCAGGAGGAACGGCAGCAAGAUCAGCAAGACCAGGUGGGCGAGGAGGAGGACGGAGAAAACGGGAGGGCUGCUGCGGCCUUACUGGGGAAGAGGCCGGGAGGGGUGCCUGCGCCGGGAAGCUUUGUGGUUAGGGGGGUCGAUGUGAGGGAGGAGGCGAUUCAGCGGCAGCACCACCACCAGCAGCAACCUCAGCGGGGACGGGAGGGAGCCGCUGCUGCUGCUGCCUAG